CACUGUAGUAUAUAACUUACCCUGCAACACACUAUCCCUUAUCAAUCUUCACAACCAGCAACUCAACUCAUUAAGACUACUAUAUCUAAUGGCAACCAUGGCUACAACCUUGACCUCUUCUCUUUCUUCUACCACAAAACAAUCUUUCCUCGACAACAAGUCCUCCUUCCAUGGCUCCCAAAUCAUCUCAAAAUCAUUCCAACCUAUCAAAUCCACCCCACAAAACCUCUCAAUCACCAACUCACUAUCCACCCCCUAUGACCUAGACAACUUCAAAUUCAGCCCUAUCAAGGAAUCCAUUGUUUCUAGAGAAAUGACACGAAGAUACAUGACUGACAUGAUUACAUAUGCUGACACAGAUGUCGUCGUUGUUGGAGCAGGCUCUGCAGGACUUUCGUGUGCCUACGAGCUCAGCAAGAACCCUGACAUCAACAUUGCCAUCAUUGAGCAGUCUGUCAGUCCAGGCGGAGGUGCAUGGCUCGGAGGCCAGUUGUUUUCUGCUAUGAUUGUGCGUAAACCAGCCCACAAGUUCCUAGACGAGCUUGAAAUUGAGUACGAUGAGCAAGAUAACUACGUUGUCAUCAAGCAUGCAGCACUUUUCACUUCCACUAUCAUGAGCAAGCUUUUGGCUAGGCCAAAUGUCAAGCUCUUCAAUGCUGUGGCUGCAGAGGAUCUGAUUGUCAGAGGAGACAGAGUAGCUGGAGUUGUCACAAACUGGGCUUUGGUGUCCAUGAAUCAUGACACACAGUCAUGUAUGGACCCCAAUGUCAUGGAGGCUAAGGUGGUUGUUAGCUCUUGUGGCCAUGAUGGUCCCUUUGGAGCUACUGGUGUCAAGAGAUUGAGGAGCAUCGGCAUGAUUGAGAGCGUUCCCGGGAUGAAGGCCCUCGACAUGAAUGCAGCUGAGGAUGCCAUUGUUAGGCUUACCAGAGAAAUUGUACCUGGAAUGAUUGUUACUGGCAUGGAAGUUGCUGAAAUAGAUGGAUCACCAAGAAUGGGACCAACUUUUGGGGCUAUGAUGAUGUCCGGACAGAAAGCAGCUCACUUGGCAUUGAGGGCAUUGGGACUGCCAAAUGCAUUGACAGAGGCACAACCAGAGUUUGUGAUUGCUGAUGCAGCUGAAGACAUUGUUGAUGCUUAAAUGAUUGUUGUAAGAUGAUUUUGUGGAAGAAUAAUACUGUGUUGACAAGGAAAACAAAUGUUUGUUUCCCUUUGUGCUUAAUUUUGUAGAUACAAGAUGUGUGGUUGAUUUUAUUCAUGUACCCUGGCGUUUACCGAUA